UAUAAGCCAGUGCGGUGCAGUUCGAUCUGCCCUCCCACCCCAAAUCAAAAAACCAAAAAAAAUUUCUUCUCUAUACCUUCAUCCGUCGUCUCGCGUCCGGUUCUGUACGGUUCUCGGACGAUUCUAUCCCUAUUUUACCCUUCUCUCUCCUCUUCCUUCCUAUCCCUAAAUUAUCAAAAAAAGAAGAAAAAAAAAGGCUCUCAAAUUCACACUAUUAGGUCAUAGAUUAUAGUUCACUUUUCAGCUUUAGGAUCAGAGUUAUUGCCAUUAUUAUCGUAUCUGUCUGCGUUUUCUAGCUAUCUAAGGUUUAUCUUCAAAUAAGAAGAGGAGAGAGGGGGUAAUAGAUUUUUAUUUAUUUUUUUAUUUGGGAAAGAAGAGAGAAGGAUCUAGAACGUCUGUGGUUUCGAGAUGGCACAGAUUCAGGUACAGCAUCAGGCGGCGCCGGUACCGGGGCCGAACGGAGUUGCGGCGACUCAAGCCGGGAUUCCAUUCAUGCCGACGUCGCUCUAUGUUGGAGAUCUUGACCUGAACGUGACCGACUCACAGCUUUACGAUCUGUUUAAUCAGGUUGGCCAGGUCGUUUCUGUUCGAGUCUGUAGGGACUUGAGCACCCGGCGAUCGCUGGGAUAUGGUUAUGUUAACUACAGCAAUCCUCAGGAUGCUGCUAGGGCAUUGGAUGUACUAAACUUCACUCCUCUUAACAACAAGCCCAUUAGGAUCAUGUACUCUCAUCGAGACCCAAGUAUUCGCAAGAGUGGGACUGGAAAUAUUUUUAUCAAGAACUUGGAUAAGACUAUUGAUCACAAAGCUUUACACGAUACAUUUUCUACAUUUGGCAACAUUCUUUCUUGCAAGGUGGCAACUGAUGCUUCUGGCCAGUCCAGAGGCUAUGGUUUUGUACAAUUUGACAAUGAGGAAGCUGCUCAAAAUGCUAUAGAUAAAUUAAACGGCAUGUUGCUUAAUGACAAACAAGUUUAUGUGGGACACUUCCUUCGCAAGCAGGAACGAGAAACUGCAUUCAAUAAGACAAAAUUCAAUAAUGUUUAUGUGAAAAAUUUAUCAGAAUCUACAACGGAUGAGGAUUUGAAGAAUACUUUUGGUGAAUAUGGAGCAAUUACUAGUGCCGUGGUUAUGAGGGAUGCAGAUGGAAAAUCAAAGGGUUUUGGAUUUGUGAACUUUGAAAAUGCUGAUGAUGCUGCUAGAGCUGUUGAGUCUCUUAAUGGAAAGAAGUUUGAUGACAAGGAGUGGUAUGUUGGGAAAGCACAGAAAAAAUCUGAGAGGGAGCUUGAACUGAAAAGUCGAUUUGAACAGAGUAUGAAGGAAGCUGUAGACAAAUUCCAAGGGGUGAAUUUGUAUAUCAAGAAUUUGGAUGAUAGCAUCAAUGAUGAAAAACUUAAGGAACUUUUUUCUGAUUUUGGCACAAUUACUUCAUGCAAGGUUUGCCGAGAUCCAAGCGGAAUUAGCAGAGGAUCUGGGUUUUGUUGCUUUCUCAAAAAUCCUGAGGAAGCAUCUCGAGCUCUGGCGAGAGAUGAAAUGGAAAUGGUUGUUAGUAAACCACUGUAUGUUGCACUUGCGCAACGGAAGGAAGAAGAAGGCAAGGCUUUGCAGGCACAAUUUUCACAGAUGAGGCCAGUUGCCAUGUCACCUUCUGUUGCUCCUCGUAUGCCAAUGUAUUCUCCAGGUGCUCCAGGUCUAGGUCAGCAAUUUUUAUAUGGGCAAGCUCCUCCAGCAAUAAUUCCUCCUCAGGCUGGAUUUGGCUAUCAGCAGCAACUGGUUCCUGGAAUGAGGCCUGGAGGCGCUCCUAUGCCAAAUUUCUUUGUACCACUUGUUCAGCAGGGUCAGCAGAGCCAGCGCCCUGGUGGGCGACGUGGAGCUGGUCCUGUGCAACAGAGCCAGCAGCCGGUUCCACUAAUGCACCAGCAGAUGCUUCCUAGGGGACGUGUCUAUCGUUACCCGACUGGUCGAAACAUGCCAGAUGUUCCAAUGGCAGGUGUUGCUGGAAUGCCGCUUUCUGUUCCCUAUGACAUGGGUGGCAUGCCGAUAAGGGAUGCUGCUACAGGGCAGCCCAUGCCAAUCACUGCUUUGGCUACAGCCCUUGCAAAUGCUACCCCUGAGCAGCAAAGGACGCUGUUGGGUGAAAGUCUGUACCCAUUGGUGGAUCAACUGGAGCAUGAUUCAGCAGCCAAGGUUACAGGCAUGCUUCUGGAGAUGGAUCAAACUGAAGUUCUACACCUGCUUGAAUCACCAGAGGCUUUAAAAGCAAAAGUUGCAGAGGCCAUGGAAGUCCUUAGAAAUGUUGCUGUUCAGCAGCAGGCAGCCAACCCUGCCGAUCAGCUUGCAUCACUAUCCCUGAAUGAUGGCCUGGUUUCCUAAAGAAUGUUUUUGGUGAACUAAGACAUGCCCAUCAAGUGGUUUUGCAAUUUCAAGAGUUAGUUAUAUUUAUUGUUAAGCAGCUCUAGACACCAUUUUAUUUCUUGUUAAGCAGAUUUAGACCAUCCAAUAUUUGGUUAUUCUAGGCUUAAGUAGGUUGUUGGAACUUGGAAGUUGGAACUUGUAGUGUGUUUGAUAGGUUUUUGAACAUAUUUGGUAGAACAAGAUAUAUUUUUCGUCGAGCUUUUGGCAUGUUGGCUGAUUUGCAGAUUUGAUAAUAAUUCCAUAUUUGCGUUGUCUGAGAUUUGC